AUGCAAAGUAUCCACGAUAUUAGAUUUGAUAAUGAUUUAUAUGCGCCUACAACUCAUUGGGCACUCUUACUUUACGAACAGAAUGGAGUAUCUUUGGCCAUUCCUCUGGCAAAUGCUGAACUCAUGUCUUUUAUCAAACCUUUUGAUAAUAUCAAACAAUGUCAACAUCAUGUCGAUACAAACCUUCAGAAACUGAUUACACUAUUUGCUUGGGAUGAUAACAUACAACAAUGGUUAGCAAAUGCUAAUGAUGUACCAGCAAAUCUUCAAGAAAUCAAAAUAUUCUGCAAUUCAGUUGAUCGAACAUAUGUAAAUGCAUGCAUGAGACGUUAUAUGCAUCGAUUUAAAAAUGUCACAAUUGAAAUAAUUAAUUGUGAUAAACUUAAUUAUGGAUUGAUGUUAUUUGGAGUUGAUCAUUUGAAAAAGUUAGAUACAGAUUUUCCGCCUAAUUCAGUAUUACAAAGACGGUUGCAUAACAAUUACAAACAAAUCUGUCGUGUAUUAGCCACUUACUUUUGGUGCGAGGCAAACACCGAAUAG